AUGAAAUUACUCGUAUUAGAUAGUGGAGCCUGUUUUUCUGAAGCAUUGGCCAAUCUCUAUGAGAUUGAUGACGGCAAAUUAGAUCCAAAUCAGCUCGUUGAACAUCUUCCAGCAACAUUGAAAAUUGGAAGAUCUGAUGCAUCAUUGCUUCUAUCACACUUGGAAUCGAUCGAAAUUCGUCUCGUCCAACAAACGUCACGUGGCCUCUUCAAGUAUGUCGAUCAGCCGAGCAUUGAAAAAGCGCUGAAUCGAAUUGGAACAUCGAUCGUUGACGUGGCUUUCAAUGAGCCCAAACGACGACCAGAACCAUUGUUGAUUGCUGAAGCUUGUCUAAACAUCUUAUCAUAUUUAUUUUACGAUGCUCCGAAGUCAUUACGAAUUCCAAAACCAUCGCAAUCACAAAAAUGUCUAUUACUUGGCUACGGUGCUAUUGGACAAGCAAUCGGUCAUGCUUUAAUGCAUGGCGGUGACUUGGACAUCUUUUCUAAAGGUUCGAUCAAAGUAUGGGAUCAAGAUGCUUCUAGACGUCAAUUAGCAUAG